AUGAAACAAAUUCUGUUUCUUUUUUUUCUGUAUCAGGCAAUCCUGUAUGCUAGAAAAGGGAGAGUUUGCCAGAAGCACAAGGAGCCUCUGAAGCUCUUCUGCAAGGAUGAAGAAGCCCUCAUCUGUUGGGUCUGUGAUCGAUCCAAGGAGCACAGAGAUCAUGAAACCCUUCCUCUUGAGGAGGCCUCCCAAGAGUACAAGGAUAAGUUCUGCAACCGCCUGGAGGUGCUGAAGAAGGAGAGAGAAAGAAUUGUGGCAUAUAAAGCAGAGGUAGUGAAGGAAAGCCAAGACCUGCUCGAGCAAACCUCAGGAGAGAAGCAAGAGUCGGCAGCCAAGUUCAGACAACUACACUCAUUUCUGGAGGAGCAGGAGAAAGGUCUCCUGGCCCAGCUGGAAGAGGUGGAGAAGGAGGUGGCAAGAAACAGGGACCAGCACCUGGCCGCACUCUCUGAGAAGCUUUCCUCUCUGGACAGCCUCAUCCGGGAGAUGGAGGAGAAGUGUCAGCAGCCGGCCAGUGAACUCCUGCAGGAUGCCAGAAGCACCUUGCAGAGGUAUGAAGAAAAGGAGGCGUUUGAGGAUCCAGCGGCUUUUCCUCUUGCACUGAAGUGGCGGAUCUGGGAACUCACGGACUUAAAUCCCCUUUUGGAGGGCUUCAAGAAGCAAUUCAAAGACACUCUGGAUUCUGGACUUCACCUGCAGAAAGCAAAUGUGACUCUGGAUCCACACACAGCCCAUCCCGAACUCAUCCUGUCUGAGGAUCGGAAAAGCGUGAGAUGGGGAGGAAAAGCUCAACCUCUACCCAACAAUCCUGAGAGAUUUGACAACUAUUUUGCUGUGCUGGGCCGUGAGGGAUUCACAGCAGGCCGCCAUUUCUGGGAAGUCCUUGUGGGAAGUGAGGAAGGCUGGGCUGUGGGGGUGGCCAGAAAGUCCGUGAGGAGGAAGGGAUGGAUCAUCUUUAGUCCUGAGAAAGGGAUCUGGGCUGUGGGGAAGUGGGGGGGCUGCUACUGGGCUGCCUUAAUAGGCCAAUUCCUUCCCCUGUCCCUGACCGGGGAGCCCAAGAGGAUCCGAGUCUGCCUGAACUACGCUGGGGGCCGAGUGGCCUUUUUCGACGCUGACCGAGGAUCCCUGAUCUGCGAGUUCUCCGGAGCCUCCUUCUCUGGAGAGACCCUCCUGCCCUUCUUUCGGGUGUGUGGAAAAGCCCAACUCAAGCUCUCCUCUUAA